CCAACACACACCGUAGUGAUCGUACACUAAACAAGUAAAAAUGGUCGGCGCUAAAGUCUUGGUAGCAGCAGUAGCUGCUUUCGCUGUGAUGUACGAGGUCCAGGCUGUUCCCUGUGGUCUCCCAUCACCAGCACCAGCUCCUUGUGCACCACUUCCACCAUGCGCCGCUCCAACUCCUCUUCCCCUACCAGCACCACUUCCACUCCCAGCGCCAUGCGCUACAUCCGGCAUUAGCCCAGCUCUCCUGAGCCUGUUGCCACUCUUACUCUCAGCACCAGCCCCAGCCCCAGCCCCAGCUCCGUGUGCUACUCCAGCACCACUGCCCCUCCCAACACCAGCUCCAUGCGCUGCUCCAGCACCUCUACCCCUACCAGCACCACUUCCACUCCCAGCGCCAUGCGCUACAUCCGGCAUUAGCCCAGCUCUCCUGAGCCUGUUGCCACUCUUACUCUCAGCACCAGCCCCAGCCCCAGCUCCGUGUGCUACUCCAGCGCCACUGCCCCUCCCAACACCAGCUCCAUGCGCUGCUCCAGCACCUCUACCCCUCCCAGCACCACUUCCACUCCCAGCGCCAUGCGCUACAUCCGGCAUUAGCCCAGCUCUCCUGAGCCUGUUGCCACUAUUACUCUCAGCACCAGCCCCGGCCCCAGCUCCAUGCGCCGCUCCAGCACCACUUCCCCUCCCAGCUCCAGUUCCAUGCGCCGCUCCAGCCCCUCUUCCUCUCCCCCUCCCAGCUCCAGUUCCAUGCGCCGCUCCAGCCCCUCUUCCUCUCCCCCUCCCAACCCCAGCUCCAUGCGCUCCAUCUGGUCUUUCAGCUCUCCUAAACCUGUUACCUCUGUUACUCUCAGCUCCAGCUCCAGCGCCGGCCCCAUGUGCAGCUCCAGCUCCAAUCCUUCCCCCCUCACCACCAUCACUCAUUCCAGUGCCGUUGGGCCCUUUGCCAGUUCCACCUCCAGCACCUUGUGCGCCGGUUGCUCCUGCUGCCCCCGCUGCUCCAGCUCUAAGCCCGGCACUUUUGAAACUAUUGUUACCACUUUUAGUACCUGCCCCUGCUCCAGCACCGUGCGCUGCACCACUACCACUCCCUCUUCCUGCACCAUGCAGUUGUUAAAUGAUUCAAUCAAUGUAAAACAAUUUUAAACAAAAUUA